CGAGGACUCCAGUGCAGCGCGGGCGGCGACUGGCCCCCUCGUCGGCUCUCCCGCCGACUGGAUCCCGAUGAAGAGGAAGGUUCCCAAGGGGUGGCUCGUCUGCACGUAUCGCCACUGCAGGUUCCACUCGGGCUAUGAGUUCGACGGCUGCCCCGCGUGGGAGAAGAAGUCGCGCCAGCGCUUCAACAGCCACACCGACACGCACCGUCCCAAGGGGAAGAAGCUCUUCGAGGUCCCGUGCGACGCUUGCGGAGAGCUUCUCUCCAGGAAGGACGUCCUCACCCGCCACCGCAAGACUUGCGCGCUGUGGAAGGCCAACAACCCGGGCGUAGUGCCGGGAAAGGGAACAGGAAAGGCGAAGGCGAAGGGAAAGGCGCAGGCGCAGGCGAAGGCGAAGGCGAAGGCGAAGGGAAACGCGAAGGGGAAGGGAAACGCGAAAGGGAAGGGAAACGCGAAGAAGGGCGGAUCUGCAAACGCAAAGGCGGGGCCGUCGCGCUUGGCCGCUUAG